AUGGUUACCACACCAGACAAACACAGCAGUUUAAACACUUCUAUAAUUGCAAACUUUUGUAAAGAGUUCAUUAACAAAACUCCGCCCCAAGCAAGUCCAGGCAACUUACUCGUGAUACUUGUGGUUACUUUAUCGAGACGAUUGCGUUCUAUCACCAACUUCUUUUUGGCGAAUCUUGCUGUGGCUGACUUGUGUGUGGGAGUGUUCUGCGUCUUCCAAAACUUAUCCAUAUAUCUAGUGCCGAGCUGGGUGUUCGGUAACUUUCUAUGCAAAAUGUACCAGUUCAUACAUUCUUUGAGCUACACGGCGUCUAUUUUCAUCCUGGUUGUGAUUUGCACCGAGAGAUACUUCGCCAUAAUUCAUCCGAUUACUUGCAAACAAAUUCUCACCUCGACGAGACUAAGGUUGGUAAUAUUGGGCGUGUGGGUGACGAGUGCGGCAUACAGCGCCCCAAAGUUCAUAUGGGUGGAGACUAUCACCAACAAUCUGGGUGAUGGAAAUACAGAGACAAUAUGUAUAGCGCAUCGAAAGAAAUUCAACUCGGAACUGUUCGACAUGGUGAACUUCGGGCUUCUGUACGUGGCGCCUCUAUCAAUCAUGACG